AUGGGGCCCGGGUCCUAUAGAACCGAUGCCAACGUGAACGGUGCCUCAACAUCAACGUUUGCACGCUAUCAACUGGAUCCGCGGGUACAAGGCCUGUUGUUCGGACUAUGCAUCCCAACAUUUUGCGACAAGGAAGACGUAGAGAAGCUGCUGGGAUCACUGCUUACGAGUGCUCCGGUGGAAGUUUCGAGCUGCGUUACCAAUGAGUAUCCUCCCAUCGAUACUACACAAGCCUGUAUCAUAGCCUUUUUGGUGAUCCUGGCCCUCGUCAUCGUUGUGAGCAGUGCCAUCGAUAUCUAUCACCAACAUAAAGCGGGUCCGAAGGCCAAGAAAGGACUCCUAAUCAAGAUCCUGACUGUAUUUUCGGCCCCGUCAAGCACACGUCUCCUUCUGGAGAUCAACAAUGACCCCACGUCAGACGCCUACCGCUACCGGUUCCUUCACGGCAUACGAUUCUUCAGCAUGUUCAUGAUCAUCUUUGGACACUCGUACAGUGUUUUCAACUUCGCCAAUGUUUCUCGUUUAGUGAACGCCUUGCAUUAUGGAGACAACCUGUCCUUCUGCUUCAUCUUUACCGGUUACCUGAGCGUAGAUACUUUCCUGUUUCUUGGUGGAUUCUUGUUAACGUACAACCUCCUCAAAGAAAAAGCAAGUCGCAUCGUUGUCAUUGUCGUCGCCGUUCUUCGACGAUACAUAAGAGGGACCGUUCCAGCCUUCUUCGUAAUCAUGUUCUUCUACCUGAUGCCUCUGAUCGCCGACGGACCUAAUGCUCAGCUAUUAUUCAAGAAUUUCUACACCGAAGUAGCAGAUCAGUGGUGGUCUAUAUUGCUGCAGAUCAGGAACCUUUCGGGUGGUUUGGAGACGGGUGCCUUUGGACACCUCUGGUAUCUUUCAACAGAUUUCCAGCUUUUCGUAGCCAGCGCCAUCGUGGUCCAAGUACUUAGACGGAGACCGUGGAUGACUAUUGGAACCCUGGUUACACUCAUUAUAGCCUGCAACUCCUUCUGCACCUGGCAAAUGAACAACGAAGCUUACACACCAUUCGUGAUGCCCAUGGCUGAAACGUUCAGAUCGCUAGUGGAGACCUUGAACGAAAUGUACACCCUACCCACCACUCAUGCUCCUGCUUUCUUCGCUGGCUGCAUAUGCACACUUUUGAUACAGAAGUACAAGGAAGUCAAGAUGUCAAAGGUCGCUGUUAUGGGCUGUUGGCUCGUGUCCAUAGGAUUUGGCUUCACGGCGGUCUUCACAAUGCACUUCUGGCUCCGCGGUGACAGCCCACCAAUGUGGGCUAACAUGCUCUUUGCGUUCUGGAACAGAACGCUAUGGGCCACUUGGAUGUGUUGGAUGGCUUUUGCAUGCGCCACAGGCAGAGCAAGCAUUCUGGCACGGUUCCUGUCUUGGUCGCCGUUCGUCCCUCUCAGCAGGUUGUGCUUCGGCGUCUACCUCGUUCACUUGCCAUUCUACUUUGUGAAAUACUUCACAGCGAGAGAAAAGCUCUUCUUCUCGCAUUUUACCAUGGUGUCGCAGGCUUUCGCUGUCACGAUCUGGAGCUACCUCCUCAGCUACUUAGUUUUUAUCGCUUGCGAAGUUCCCGUGGGACGCAUCGAAAAACUCAUCCUAACGCGAGCUCGAAAUAAACGAGUGGAAGACUCAAAUGGGAACAUGCACACUCUAGAGAAUGGCUACAAGCCACCAGUGAAGCCAAAGCAAGACGACGAGGAAGACGAUGAUGACAGCAACAACGGCUCAGACAACAACGGACAAUCCAGCUACCUCUAA